GUCAGCGCGCAGGCGACGGAGCCGCGGCGCUGCCAUGGAGACGGGGCCUAGCGACGCCCGCAGCCUGGGCCUGGGGGUGCGCAAAUGGCCUACCCGCGGAAAGGGUCGCUGCGGGUGGUGCAGGUGGCGUCAGACAGCCUGCAGGGACAGCUUGAUGACUUACUAAAGAAAGUUAAACAUCCUGAAAGAAGAGAGGAACUUUUUGCAAAUUGCCUUCAAAUAAAGAAAAAUGUUGAUGGAACUUUGGACGCUCUUCGCAAGUUGAAGAAGGGAAAUGAAAUCAGUCACGUGCAGAACUACGAGCAGCGGAAGCAUGCGGAGGAGAGGCGACUGAUGGGCAUGUCGGAACUGCUUCAAGAACUUGCUCGCAGACUACACAAAGAGCUCCUCAACAAGCAAAUUGAAGCAGCAGAUAAGAACGUAAAGAGCAAGGCCGCCGCCGCCGCAGCGAAACAGAGGAAAAAAAGCGAUGAAGACGAUGAAGAUGCAGACGAAGAAGAGGAGGAAGGAAGUGAUGCGGAUGAAGAAUCUGAUGGAGAACUCUUUAUUACAAUAAGCGAUUUUCGAGCUCAGGAAGAACAUGAUCUGAGUGUUAAGAAAGGUGAAGUGAUUACAAUCGUUAAUCAAAAUCGUGAUGGAUGGUGGCUUGCCAAAAAUGCUAAAGGAAAGGAAGGUCUUGUCCCAAAGACUUAUUUACAGGUGUACACUCAGCAGAUUCCAGUGGCAUCAAAUAUUAAUAAAGAUGAGGAGGAGGAGGAGGAGGAUGCUGAAGAAAGCGAGGAGGAAGAUGAGGAGGAGGAGGAGGAGGAGGAUGAGGAUGACGAGGAAGAUGAGGAUGACGAGGAACCUAAAACAAAAUCGAAUAAGCUAAAAGUACCAGAGCUGCAGAGUGAAGAAUCAAGAGCACACAAACUCUCUGCCAAAAAGGUUGUUUCAGAGAUUACUGCUGUAGAUAUGCUGGUGGAAAAAACAGUCAUUCCCGAAGGAUUCAGAGCUUCUACUCUUGCCCAGUUGUUGGCAGAAGGAAAUAAAUUCCAUAUGAGUUACUUCCUGCAGCCAAUGUUAACUCAAUCUAAUCUGUGCUUCAAAGACCUUCAUUUGGACAAAGUGGAUGGGGGUGUGCGCCCAAGGAAGACACACACGGAACUGAUGUUUACCCUGUGGAGCUGCAAGAUGAUUCCUUUCCCGGCCACUGCGGUCGAGGUGCUAAGCAGACAGGUUCGCUGCUGUCUAUUUGAUGGUCAAAGGGUUCUCAGCAAUAUCCACACCGUCAGAGCAACUUGGCAAUCAAAGAAUCCCAAAACAUGGACCUUUUCUCCAAGAGUACGUUUACCUUCCACUUCUCAUUUCUAACAGUGAGCUGGGACGCUAUGGAACGCGUUACAUGAGUUAAUGAUCAAAGAGA